AUGGUCGGGCGGAGCUCCCUCCCGGAUGGCGCCCUCUUCCUCGGACUGGACAGCUCCACUCAGUCUGUGAAAGCUACUGUGCUCAGCAAUGAGUUAAUAAUAGUCGCUUCUGAAACUGUUAAUUUUGACUCCGAGUUACCGCACUACAAAACCGAGGGUGGGGUCUACAGAGAUCCUACAGAUGACGGCCGUAUAUAUUCACCAACCAUAAUGUGGGUGGAGGCCUUGGAACUGCUUCUUGAGAAACUAAAACCAAAGAUCAACUUCAGUAAGGUUGUGGCCGUUUCAGGGAGUGGGCAACAGCAUGGCAGCGUUUAUUGGAAGAAGGGUAGUCAAGCUGUGCUGUCUUCCCUGGAUCCUGGUAAGAGCUUGGUAUCUCAGCUUAAGGAUGCCUUUUCUACCAUGGACUCGCCAAUAUGGAUGGACAGUAGCACCACCAAGCAAUGCAGAGAAAUAGAAAAUGCUGUCGGAGGAGCAUUGGAGUUAUCUAAGCUGACAGGGUCUCGUGCCUAUGAGAGAUUCACCGGGCCCCAGAUACGGAAGAUCUACCAAACAGCACCCCAUAUUUAUGAAAAUACCGAGAGAAUAUCUUUGGUGAGCUCAUUCAUGGCAUCUAUCCUUGCUGGAUGCUAUGCAAGUAUUGAUGAAACUGAUGGUGCUGGGAUGAACUUGAUGGAUAUAAACCAGAGGACCUGGUCAAAAGCUGUUUUAGAGGCAACUGCUCCUGAUCUUGAACAGAAGCUGGGAAAUCUGGCACCGGCAUAUGCAGCUGCAGGUCGGAUUUCUUCAUAUUUUGUAGAAAGGCAUCAGUUUGACAAGAACUGUUUGGUUAUUCAGUGGUCAGGUGACAAUCCCAAUAGCCUUGCAGGUUUAACACUGAAUACACCUGGCGAUCUUGCAAUCAGCCUUGGUACUAGUGACACAGUUUUUGGGAUUACUGCCGAAGCUAAACCAAGCCUUGAAGGCCAUGUUUUCCCCAACCCUGUUGAACCGGAUGGUUACAUGGUGAUGCUAUGUUACAAAAAUGGCUCAUUGACCCGGGAAGAUGUGCGGAAUCAGUGCGCAGAAAAAUCGUGGGAUGUUUUCAACAACUAUCUAGAGAAAACACCCCCUCUGAAUGGUGGGAAGUUAGGAUUCUACUACAAAGACCAUGAGAUCCUGCCUCCUCUUCCUGUUGGUUUCCACCGAUACAUUGUCGAGAAUUUCAAUGACGCCUCAUCUAAUAAUCUGAAGGAGCAUGAGGUGCAAGAAUUUGAUCCACAAUCUGAGGUAGCCGUCCAUGCCAUCGUCGAGGGUCAGAUGUUGUCCAUGAGAGGGCAUGCCGAGCGGUUUGGCAUGCCCAACCCACCAAAGCGGAUCAUAGCAACUGGUGGGGCAUCCUCCAAUGAGAGCAUCCUCAAGUUGAUCGCGCAAAUCUUUGGCUGCCCUGUCUUCACAGUUGAGAGACCUGAUUCGGCCUCGCUGGGUGCAGCUCUGAGAGCCGCCCACGGGUGGCUGUGCAAGGAGGAAGGAGGUUUUGUUCCCAUCUCCCGGAUGUACACGGGCAACCUGGAGAAGACCUCGCUGGGCGCAAAGCUGGCGGUCCCGGCGCCGGGGGAGGAGGGCAGGGAGCUCCUGAAGAAGUACACGGUGCUCAUGAAGAAGAGGAUGGAGAUCGAGAGACGCCUGGUGGAGAAGAUCGGGCGUGCGUAG